GGACGAUAGCCGUGAACAUACAGCGCGCGAGGGUUGGUUUUAAGGAAGCGAUUGUAGCUAGCUAAUUCGUAUUCUGAACUGUCACCGUGUCGCUAUGAAAUAUUAAACGUCGGAGCAAUAUCGACCAACGGACAUCUCACCUGGGCUUUUACGAAAUGAUUGCUAGUCAAUUGGUUAUCUAGGAUGCUGCUUUAAGAAAUCCUCGCUAGCGUUAGCCGGUUAGCUAGCCAGCAAUAUCUGGAUACGGUUCGUGCUUAAUUUUGCGUUUGCUGGUUAGCUACAGCCUUAAGGAUGCUCACAAAUUAGCCAACGGUCGUCAAGAAGGCAGUGCUAGCUAGUUAGCUUAACAAGUCAUCGCGGUGUCAAGAAGAGGAAUAACAUUUUAUAUUAUCACAUCACCAUUUGAGGUUUUUAUUCUGGGAAUCACUGAGUGGAUUUCAUCAAUUUAACCAAAUGUCAUUAUAGAUGGGUAUCUAGCUAAUUAGAUCAGCAUAUGAAUGUCAGUUAGCUAACGUUAGCUAACUAACGUUACCAGUGGUAGCGUCUGUAGUGUUAAUUUAUAUUGCCUACCUUGAAUAUUGCACAUUGCAAUAGUCAACGUUCUAGCCAGGAAUCCAAUCUAGCCCGUGAGUUGAGGAAGUCGUAUAUACCGAUAAACCUUAUUAACGUUAUCAACUUGAUACUGUAUCAAAAGAGCGCUUUUCUGAUUCGAUUGAUAUUUAGAUAGCUGUCACCAAUGCCUUGCAAGGGUGACUGAUGAACCACGUUGAUGGAUGAAUGCGUUGUAUUGAGACAGCUAGUAGCUAGCUUUAACAUUAAUUGAAUUGAGGUAGCUAUCUGGUUGACGGUAGCAAAAUAGUACAGACAUUAACAGCUUUUCUUUGUGGUUAGUGUUAGCUAGUUGAAAUAAGGUGUCUUUAUAUGUCAUAAUACCUUUAUAUACCAUAUAUUUCGUUAACUGUCUGUAUUGGUUGGCUAUGACAAAUCGUGCCAUUGUCCACAAAAUUCUAGGAGAAUGAGAAGUUGGACUAAUUAGUUGGCUAUGUAACUUAACGUUAGCUAGCUAGCUAACUAAAACUACAAUGCAAGGAUCACCCCACAAAGGUGUUAAAUUGAAUUAGAUGGCUGGCAAGCUAGCUGAGACAUGUACACAUGGAAUUAGUUAACCAGCUAUCUAAAAGUUUGCAUCUGGGACGGUAACGGUAAGUUAGUUAGUUUUUCAGACACCUAGCAACUAAUUAUUUAGCUAGCUAAUGUUCAUGUGAUGUCUGUAUAUUGCUAGCUAGCUGGCAGCUAGCAUACGUUAGGAAUUAUUCUGCCGGAGCAUGUCUGGAGAGACACUAAUGUUAGCUAAAUGAACAUUACUUGCAGUGGUUUUCCAGAGACAGACAAACGCCGAAAUACGCAUAACGAGCCAAAUCAUUAAAGUUCUUAACGUUUACAGUAACGUUACCUAUGGCGGAGUUAGGGGAGAACGGCGGAGUGUCUUCUCCCACAAUAGAAAAUAAAUUGGCCGUAACCGGGGACGAGACAGACGAAGAAACACAAUGCAAAGAAUCGGUGUCGAACGGGGACUGUGGGAUUCCAACCAUGAUUGGGUCCGAAUCUCCGACUAAAUAUGACAGCCCCGAGAAAGCCAACAGCACUUCUGCCGGAUUAGAUACGAAAUCUGGGAUACCUCGAAGAAGCAGUAUUAUAAAGGAUGGCUCGAGGCAGCGUAGAGAGAGGAAGAAGACGGUCUCUUUCAGCAGCAUGCCCACAGAUAAAAAAAUAAGCAGCGCCAGUGAUUGCAUCAAUGCCAUGGUGGAAGGCUCCGAACUGAGGAAGGUCCGGUCCAACUCCCGCGUCUACCACCGCUACUUCCUGCUGGACGCUGACAUGCAAUCGCUCCGGUGGGAGCCCUCUAAGAAAGAGUCUGAGAAGGCCAAGAUUGAUGUCAAGUCCAUCAAGGAAGUGCGGACGGGAAAGAAUACAGACAUUUUCAGAACCAAUGGAAUAUAUGAGCAGAUAUCAGAGGAUUGCGCUUUCUCGAUUAUUUAUGGAGAGAACUACGAGUCCCUGGACUUGGUAACAAACUCUGCUGAUGUGGCGAACAUUUGGGUGACAGGGCUUCGGUACCUGAUAUCCUAUGGGAAACAUACCCUCAACAUGAUCCAGAGCAGUCAGGACAACCUGCGGUCUUCCUGGCUUUCUGAUCUCUUUGCAGAUGCUGAUACCAAAGGCAACAAGCAUAUAGGUUUGUGCACUGCUGUGCAGCUGAUCAAAGACUUAAAUCCUGGCCUGAAAAAUGUAAAAAUAGAGCUAAAGUUCAAAGAAUUUCACAAGUCUAAAGGUAAGCUAGGUGGCGAGGUAACCAAGGAGGAAUUCAUUGAAGUUUUUCAUGAUCUUUGCACCAGACCAGAGAUUUACUUCCUCUUGGUCCAGUUCUCCAGUAACAAGGAGUUCUUGGACACAAAAGACCUAAUGAUGUUCCUGGAGGCAGAGCAAGGCAUGGCCCAGGUAAGUGAAGACACCAGUCUAGAAGUAAUCCGAAAGUAUGAGCCUUCUAAGGAAGGGCAGCAGAAGGCCUGGCUGUCCCUCGAUGGCUUCAUAAAUUAUCUCAUGUCAUCAGAGUGCCACAUAUUCGACCCUGAACAGAAGACAGUCUGUCAGGAUAUGGACCAACCCCUGACCCACUAUUAUAUCAAUGCCUCCCACAACACUUACCUGAUUGAGGAUCAAUUUAGGGGCCCCUCUGAUAUCACAGGUUAUAUCCGUGCUCUCAAGAUGGGUUGCAGAAGCGUAGAGUUGGAUGUGUGGGAUGGCCCAGACAAUGAGCCAGUCAUCUACACAGGCCACACCAUGACAUCGCAGAUUGUUUUCCGCAGCGUCAUCGAUGUUAUCAACAAGUAUGCUUUCGUUGCAUCCGAGUUCCCCUUGAUCCUCUGCCUGGAGAACCAUUGUUCCCUAAAGCAACAAACGGUCAUGUUUCAGCACCUGAAAAAGAUCCUGUCUGAUAAGCUGCAGCUUGAUUCCCCUAGAACUGAGGACAGCUACCUGCCUUCUCCCGCUCAUCUUAAGGGGAAAAUACUCCUGAAGGGGAAGAAGCUGAGCCCCAACUGCACAGGUGCAGAGGGUGAUGUCACUGAUGAGGAUGAGGGGGCGGAGAUGUCCCAGAGGAACAAUGAAUCAGGCGAUCAGCCAAACCUAGUCCCACCAAAAAAGUUUCAGCUCUCUAAGGACCUCUCAGAUCUGGUAACACUUUGCAAAUCCGUGGGGUUCAAAGACUUCCAGGCAGCAUUUCAGAGCCAGAAGUACUGGGAGUUCUGCUCCUUCAAUGAAGUCUUUGCCAGCCGCUGUGCCACAGAAUUCCCUGGUGAUUUUGUCAAUUACAAUAAGAAAUUUCUGGCACGGGUUUAUCCAAGCCCGAUGCGGAUCGACUCUAGCAACAUGAACCCUCAGGACUUCUGGAAGUGCGGCUGCCAGAUUGUGGCCAUGAACUUCCAGACCCCAGGCCUGAUGAUGGACUUGAACAUUGGCUGGUUCCGUCAGAACGGGAACUGUGGAUAUGUCCUCCGUCCUGCCAUCAUGAGGGAGGAAGUGUCGUAUUUCAGCGCUAACACAAAAGACUCUGUCCCAGGUGUGUCCCCGCAGCUCCUGCACAUAAAGAUCAUCAGUGGACAGAAUUUCCCCAAACCCAAGGGCUCGAGCGCCAAGGGCGAUGUCGUUGACCCGUACGUCUAUGUGGAGAUUCACGGCAUUCCAGCCGACUGCGCUGAGCAAAGGACUAAAACUGUGCACCAGAAUGGGGACAACCCUAUUUUUGAUGAGAGCUUUGAGUUUCAGAUUAACCUUCCGGAGCUGGCGAUGGUGCGCUUCGUGGUGCUGGAUGAUGACUACAUUGGGGACGAGUUUAUUGGGCAGUACACCAUUCCCUUUGAGUGCUUGCAGCCUGGCUUUCGGCAUAUCCCUCUUCAGUCACUGACGGGGGAGAUUCUGCCACAUGCCUGGCUGUUUGCCCAUGUGGCCAUCACCAACCGUCGAGGAGGGGGCAAGCCCCACAAGCGAGGACUGUCAGUGCGCAAAGGCAAACGGAGCCGGGAGUAUGCCACUAUGCGAGUACUGUUCAUCAAGGCCGUGGAUGAGGUCUUCAAAACUGCAGCUCAGCCGCUGAGAGAGGCCACAGACCUUCGGGAAAACAUGCAGAAUGCCAUUGUUCCAUUUAAAGAGCUGUGUGGCCUGUCGGCGGUGGCAAACCUCAUGCAGUGCAUCCUGGCGCUGUCGUCCCGCCUGACUGGGACAGACAACAUCCCCCUCCUGAUGUUCAACCUGAAGGACCAGUACCCCACCAUGGACCCGCAGGGGCUUCUGCCUGAGGUGCUGAAGAAGGUUGUCAUGGCCUAUGAAGUGAUGAUCCAGACGAGUAAGGCUCUGAUUGAGAACUCUGAUGGCGUCUAUGAGAGGCUGCUGCAGAUCCAGAGAUCAGCUAUGGAGUUCCAUGAGAAGCUGCACGACAUGGCGGUGAAGGAGGGUCUGAAGGGCCGCAAGCCGCAGAAAGCCCUGGAGAGCUUCACCUGGAACAUCACCAUCCUGAAGGGCCAGGCAGACCUGCUGAAACAUGCCAAGAACGAGGUUCUGGAGAACCUGAAGCAGAUCCACUAUGCUGCUCUCACCUGUAACCUGAAUAAGGGCGGGGCAGAGGGUGUGGCCGGGGUCGAGGGCAAGCCCCGCCGGAGCCUGGAGGUCAUCCCGGAGAAGGCCAGCCCAGACGACGACCCACAGGAGGGGCUGAACUGAGGGCCUCGCCCCCCCUUCCCCCACCGAAAUCAAAUUCAAACAAAAACGCUUACCCCUAACAUUCCCCAAACCAGCCCCAGCUCUGCGGUCCAGAGAUGACCAACAGAAUUCACACGGGACCAUCCAUAAAUGCAGUGGCCAUUGGAAACCGCAUUUAAAGACAGAUAGGGCGAGCCCAAGGGAGACCUCUUCUGUUUGCUUUGGCAGUUUCUAAAGCACAAAAUACAGGUUUAUGCGAAUGUAGUAAAGAACUGUGAGAGAGGAGAGAUUGUAAAGUUUACAGUGCAACUGAUUCAUGUCUUGUCUGCCAAAAUGUUUGUGUAUAUAUGGAGAUCUGUUACUUUGUUUUUACAUUGUGUAUUGUUCCGAUCUCCCCCUUUUUUGAAUACAGUUUCUUAUUUUAGAGGUGAAGAGAUUGAUUUUAUGUGUUUUAAACGUUGGACUGCCAGGCCUGAUGGCAUUCGCCCUGUACAUUGACCCCAGUGUGGGGAUUCCUCAUACGGACUAAGUUUUGAGCCGAGACCAGCAACUACUCUGUAAAAAUGAGGUGAGGAGAACAAGAGAUUGAAAUAGGGGCUGAGUGACUUGUAGGUAGUGAAUGUUCCAUGUGUGUCUAACUUAUUGAAUAAUAAUAAUAGCUUCUGAACCAUUCCAGGUAAUAAAAUUAGUUGUCUGUUUAUGGAUAGCGAUAAACAUGUGGGUGCCUCAUCGCUCUUAGCCAAUCGGGCAGUAAUGUGAGGAGAUGGAUGAUUCUGCUCCAUUGUGUCCUGCCCAGACCUGCCGAGUCACACCUCGUCUCAAGCUCAUGUUGCCGGGUCCAUUUGUCUGGUCUGGUCUGGUCUGGAGCUCCAGAAGCAGCCUAUCACAGGUCCACUUCCAGUUUAUUCCAUCACCCACAAAGUGUUUACUCAAGCCACAUGAAAAAAAUGUUGUCCUUUAUAAACUUCAGUGCAGUGCCAGUGGGUGUGUAUUUAUAACCGAAGUUAACCAUUUAUACCAGUUGAAUACGUACCGCCAGUUUCACAUCAGUUCCCAGUUUUGUUGGAAUCUGUUAAAAAUCCCGUUUCCAGAAUAAACUAACUGAAAUAAA